UUGAUACCAAAAUCACGUCACGUGUAGAGAUACGGUUUUUUAGAAUUCUUUUCGACAUCCAUGGCACUUAUAGCUCUGCAAGGUUCAACAUAAACAUCUCUUCUUGUAGUUUGUUAACGAGAAGUGUAAAAUAAUGAUAUCGUGUGUAAGUUAUAGCUCGAUAAAAAUGAGGAGGAAACACAAACGACACAUCUUUCUCCCUCACAGCAAAACUCCUCACCGGUUGAGUCUGUACGGUUCUCACUGCGUGUAUAAGGACAGCCCACAAGCGCCAGUCAGACAAUACUCAGUUUCAAACUCUUGAUACUAAACCAACCGAGAAGAUGACUGAAGUUCCUCCAGUAGCUGCUGCCGCCGCACCGGCGAAAGCGACCAAGAAGAAGGCGGUGGCCAGGCCGAAGAAGGUCGGACCCAGUGUCAGCGAUCUGAUCGUGAAAGCCGUGUCCGCUUCCAAAGAGAGAAGCGGAGUUUCUCUGCCAGCACUUAAGAAGGUUUUGGCCGCCGAUGGCUACGAUGUGGAGAAGAACAACACCCGCAUCAAGGUCGCCAUCAGAAGCUUGCUGGAAAAGGGAACCCUGGUCCACACCAAGGGUAUCGGAGCAUCUGGGUCUUUCAAGAUCAGCAAGGACGCGAAGAAGCCAGCGGCGAAGGCUGCUGCCCCUAAAGCCAAGAAGGCUGCUGUCAAGAAGCCCGCCGCCGCCGUCAAGAAGGCUACCCCAAAGAAAGCCAAGAAAGCCGUAGCAAAGAAGACCUCCGUGAAGAAAAUUACUACCCCCAAGAAGGCUAAGAAACCCGCUGUGGCCAAGAAGGCGGUGGCGAAGAAGAGCCCCAAGAAGGUGGUGGCCAAGAAGGUAGCAGCCAAGAAGAGCCCCAAGAAGGCACCCAAGCCCGUCGCAAAGAAAUCCCCGGCGAAGAAGGCGGCCAAGCCCAAAGCAGCGAAGAAGGCAGCCCCCAAGAAGAAGUAGAUGAUCACAUUUAGUUUUUGUUGAAAACCCCAAAGGCUCUUUUAAGAGCCACCCAC